CUUGCGCGCAUUCACCCAAAUAAUACAUCGCAUAUUACUACUGGUAUGGCCACUUUCAGAUCUAACAUAUAAUUUACUUAUCUUCCGUUGUAAGAAAAAAAAAAAUACAAUCUUUCUCUGCGAAAUCACUCUGAGAUAGAGAGAGGCUCAGAAGAGCAGAGAGAUCGCGUUGGUUGCGGUUACAGAGGCAUUGCUCUGAGCGCUUAUUGACUGUAGCCGCAGCAGCACAUUCAAAAUUCAGCGACCAAGUUCAGGGGGCGACCUGCCCCAGGUUCGGAGGGUGAAUUCAACCACUCUUACGGUGGUCAUGGAUGAAGAGUUGGAGAAUGGUAAUCUCGGGCCUUAUGCCGACAGGCCGAGGACUUUUCCCAACAUGCGUAGUAAGGCUUAUAACCCAUUGAUAUUCCGGAUUCUAUUGGGAAUAAAUGUCCGAGUUCUUUUAGUACUCCUACUCUUGGGAUUUGGAGUAGUCUUUUACAUUGGAGCAAGAACAUCUCCAAUCAUCGUGCUUGUCUUAUCAGUUUGUAUCAUCAGCUUUCUCUUUUCAAUAUAUCUGACUAAGUGGGUCCUCUCAAAGGAUGAGGGGCCUCCUGAGAUGGUUCAGAUAUCAGAUGCAAUACGAGAUGGGGCUGAAGGCUUCUUUAGGACCCAGUAUGGGACUAUCUCCAAGAUGGCAUUGUUGCUAGCACUGGUUAUCCUUUUCAUAUAUUUGUUUCGGAGAACAACUCCUCAACAAGAAUCUUCAGGCCUAGGAAGGUCAACAACUGCAUAUAUCACUGUUGCUGCAUUUCUUUUAGGGGCUCUUUGUUCAGGUCUUGCAGGGUAUGUUGGGAUGUGGGUGUCGGUUCGUGCAAAUGUUCGAGUCUCCAGUGCUGCAAGACGGUCUGCAAGGGAAGCAUUGCAGAUAGCUGUUCGAGCUGGUGGUUUCUCUGCCUUGGUUGUUGUUGGCAUGGCUGUAAUUGGCAUUGCCAUCCUUUACUCCACAUUUUAUGUUUGGUUGGGUGUGGAUUCACCAGGUUCAGUGAAGGUUACUGAUUUGCCUCUUCUCCUUGUGGGUUAUGGUUUUGGAGCUUCUUUUGUAGCCCUGUUUGCUCAGUUGGGAGGUGGAAUUUAUACAAAAGCAGCCGAUGUUGGGGCAGACCUUGUUGGUAAAGUAGAGCAAGGAAUACCUGAAGAUGAUCCAAGGAAUCCUGCAGUGAUUGCAGAUCUGGUUGGAGACAAUGUGGGUGAUUGUGCUGCUCGAGGUGCUGAUCUUUUUGAAAGUAUUGCAGCUGAAAUAAUUAGCGCUAUGAUACUUGGGGGAACAAUGGCCCAGCGUUGUAAAAUUGAAGAUCCAUCCGGCUUCAUCUUGUUUCCUCUUGUUGUUCACUCUUUUGACCUGGUAAUUUCUUCAGUUGGAAUACUUUCAAUCAGGGGUACACGGGACUCUGGCUCGAAGUCUCCUGUUGAAGAUCCAAUGUCAAUUCUACAGAAAGGAUAUUCUAUUACAAUAGUGCUAGCUGUUCUGACCUUUGGUUUGUCCACCCGUUGGUUGCUUUAUACUGAACGAGCUCCUUCUGCCUGGUUCAACUUUGCCUUGUGUGGUUUGGUUGGCAUCAUUACGGCAUACCUUUUUGUUUGGAUCACCAAGUACUAUACUGACUACAAGCAUGAGCCUGUACGCACAUUAGCACUUUCAAGCUCCACAGGCCAUGGGACUAAUAUAAUUGCUGGAGUCAGUUUGGGCCUGGAAUCAACUGCGCUUCCUGUUCUUGUCAUUAGUGUAUCUAUUGUUUCAGCUUUCUGGCUGGGUCGUACAUCUGGGCUAGUGGACGAAGCUGGAAAUCCAACUGGUGGGUUGUUUGGCACAGCUGUAGCUACAAUGGGAAUGCUCAGCACUGCUGCCUACGUUCUUACCAUGGAUAUGUUUGGUCCAAUAGCGGAUAAUGCUGGUGGAAUAGUAGAAAUGAGUCAGCAGCCAGAAAGUGUCCGAGAGAUCACUGAUCUUCUCGAUGCAGUAGGGAACACCACAAAAGCUACCACCAAAGGAUUUGCCAUUGGUUCUGCAGCACUUGCAUCUUUCCUGCUGUUUAGUGCUUAUAUGGAUGAGGUAGCUGCAUUUUCUCAGGAACCUUUUAAACAGGUUGACAUUGCCAUUCCAGAAGUUUUUGUUGGUGGAUUGUUGGGCUCCAUGCUUAUUUUUCUAUUUAGCGCCUGGGCCUGUUCUGCAGUUGGCCGAACUGCUCAAGAGGUUGUUAAGGAAGUAAGGAGACAGUUUAUUGAAAGGCCUGGCAUAAUGGACUACAAGGAGAAACCAGAUUAUGGUCGUUGUGUUGCCAUUGUAGCAUCUGCAUCUUUGAGGGAGAUGAUAAAACCUGGUGCUUUGGCUAUUGUUUCACCUAUAGUUGUUGGUAUUGUGUUUCGGAUUUUGGGUUACUAUACAGGGCAGCCUCUACUAGGGGCUAAAGUUGUGGCUUCCAUGUUGAUGUUUGCAACAGUUUCUGGAAUUCUUAUGGCUCUAUUCCUGAACACAGCAGGUGGUGCCUGGGAUAACGCAAAGAAGUACAUAGAGACGGGGGCUCUCGGAGGCAAAGGGAGUGAUUGUCAUAAAGCAGCAAUCACCGGAGAUACUGUGGGAGACCCAUUCAAAGACACAGCUGGACCUUCCCUUCAUGUCCUCAUAAAGAUGCUUGCGACAAUUACGCUUGUAAUGGCUCCAAUCUUUCUGUGACAAUUGUUUAUACCUCUUAACUAUUGCAGGCUCACCCCCUUAAUAUGGUCUCACCGGCAUACAGCACCCAUUUCCCUUGAAUACAUAGAUACUAUGCAACUAUACAGAUAGGUACUCAUUCGUUAAUCAAGGGCGCGUGAGUUUUUUUCUUA